GAAUCUCAAGUUCCUCAAAAAGUCAAGACUGUGAUGAUGACAGACAGACCACUGGACUACCCCUACAAAGCAGAACAGCCUGGACAGGUUCUACCAUCAUGGAAGCAAGAGUUGAUAGAGAGACAGAAAACCCAUAGAUACGUGCCAAGAGAUUUGGGGACGCCAGAUCAAACAAUGUCUUCUGGUUCUCAAUCGAACAAAGAGAAUGAGCCUCGUAUAGUCACGCAAGUAGAACCAUUGUGGAUGAGAGAAUUAGCUGAGAAAAGGCGGAAUAUCUACAACAGAACGCAAUCCAAUGGUGAUAUUCAGUUUGAAAGAAUUGAAACAUUUGAACGUUUUGAGAAGCCAGCAAGGUCUGAAGACAGUGAAGAAGAAGUGAGAGAAAAACCAAGCUUUAUGAAAGAGUUUGAAAGAAAACGAAGAUCGAAAGGUAGAGGUCAACAGAGUUCAGAACAUGGUUAUCAUUCAUCCAACUCAAGUUAUGUAUGACAAGCCAGCCAUACUCUUGGAGAUGAGUUACAAYCCAUGUUUGAUAGCACUACAUUAAUAGACUUUCAAGUAUUACCUUGGASAAUAUUCUAACUGUUGGUCAUCCAACAUGGCUCCAAUCCAGGGACUUAGUUAUUGCACUGUAGAUAAUACAAUAUUGUAUUUUUAAAAUCAAUUUAAAAUUCUUAUUUUUUCAAACCAAAAUGAAAGAUAUUCAGAUUCACUUGAAUAUUUGAAUGAAUUCUUCAAUUUUCAUUUCGACCUUAAAUCAAAUCAACAGUGAUUAACAUAUUUUUGUAUCUUUUUCUUUUCACUUUUUAACAAUUUGUAACAAUUCUUAUCAACAUAAAAUAAUUUCUCAUUAUUGA